AUGGAGUCCACCUUUCCUCCUUUACCACCGCACCUCGAAGCGCAAACCCUAGAAGUCACUCUUACUAAGAACUGCCCUCAUCCUUCACAUAACACGUCCCAAUCUUCUGAGGAUAUGGAAGCAGAAGCAGUAUCAUCUCCUGCAUCAAAAUACUCAGAUCCAAGCGACAUCUCUACAAAUGACCCACCCGCAAGUUUGCUGGAGCACUCCCCACCUAUAACCGAAACGACAGCCAGCUAUGACAGUGAAGACAUAUCAGAAACAGACUCAGACUCUAUAGAGAUCCUCAUCGAUGAAGGAGAUAUUUUCUCCAAACCGUUCAACAUGUCUUUCAUAUCAGUGGCCAGCACUGAGCUAGUCGACGACCUUGACGAAGGGAGACUAUUAUCUCUGCUAAUCGAGGCAUAUGACCUGAUUUGCCCAAACGAACUCCGGACAGGAAUUGAAGAUGGAACAAUUAGCUUGGACUUAUCACUUGAGGAUGAUUGCGAGUGUGAUGAAGAAGCUAGCUACGAUACCGAAGAAGAGCUCGAAGAGAAGGUAAUGGCAGAAAAUGAUAGACCUGGAGUGCAUGAGGGGAAGCGCUUCAUCGAUGGUAUAUUUACCUGGAUGAAGCGGGUUCCAGGCACCGAUGAGAGUGAGCUGGCAGUUUCCCCGUCAGAGGAUCCCUCGGAAAAGGAGUCUAGCUGUGAUUUGAGAAGAAAAUCUGGGAAUAGCGAUUUACAUCUUGCUUAUGAGACUUCUGAAGGGCCAAGUGUAUAG